AUGAGUGUCGUUGGAAUAGAUUUCGGUGCUCAGAGCACCAAGGUCGGCGUUGCCCGUAACAAGGGUAUCGACAUUAUCACCAAUGAAGUUUCCAACAGAUCGACUCCCACCCUCGUGGGUUUCAACGCCCGCAGCAGAGCUCUUGGUGAGGCUGCUAAGACGCAAGAGACCUCUAACCUCAAGAACACCGUCGGCAACCUCAAACGUCUGAUCGGUCGUUCCUUCAACGAUCCCGAUGUUCAGCUCGAGCAGGAAUACAGCACCGCUGCCCUUUGUGACGUCAAUGGCCAGGCCGGUGUCGAAGUCAGCUACCUGGGAAAGAAGGAGAAGUUCACGGCGACCCAGCUGGUUGCCAUGUACCUGACCAAGAUCCGGGAUAUCACCUCCAAGGAGCUGAAGCUUCCCGUCUCCGACGUCACCAUCAGCGUGCCCGCCUGGUUCACCGAUGUUCAGCGUCGGGCCAUGAUCGAUGCCGGUGAGAUCGCGGGUCUCAAGGUCCUGAGACUGAUCAACGACACGACGGCCACUGCCCUUGGAUACGGUAUCACCAAGCUGGAUCUUCCUGGCCCCGAGGAGAAGCCUCGUCGCGUUAUGUUCGUCGACAUCGGUCACAGCGACUACACCGCUUCCAUUGUCGAGUUCAGAAAGGGCGAGCUGAACGUCAAGGCUACCGCUUGCGACCGUCACUUCGGUGGUCGUAACUUUGACCGUGCUCUGACUGAGCACUUCGCCGACGAGUUCAAGGAGAAGUUCAAGAUCGACGUCCGCACGCACCCUAAGGCGUGGGCCCGUACUCUGGCCUCCGCCGAGAAGAUGAAGAAGGUUCUCUCGGCCAACCCUGCCGCCCCCAUGAGCAUCGAGUCCCUGAUGGAAGACGUUGAUGUGCGCGCCAUCGUCAAGCGUGAGGAGCUCGAGACCAUGGUGAAGCCUCUCCUCGAUCGUGUCACGGUUCCCAUCGAGCAGGUCCUCGCUGAGGCGAAGAUGAAGCCCGAGGAUAUCGACCACAUCGAGAUGGUGGGUGGCUGCACUCGUGUGCCCGCCAUCAAGGACGCCAUCAGCAAGUUCUUCGGCAAGAACCUCUCCUUCACCCUUAACCAGGACGAGGCCAUCGCCCGUGGUUGCGCCUUCAGCUGCGCCAUCCUCUCCCCCGUUUUCCGUGUGCGCGACUUCGCCGUGCACGAUAUCGUGUCUUACCCCAUUGAGUUCACCUGGGAGCAGUCUCCCGAUAUCCCUGAUGAGGACACCAGCCUCACGGUCUUCGGCAAGGGCAAUGUUCUCCCCUCCACCAAGAUCCUCACUUUCUACCGCAAGCAGCCUUUCGACCUCGAGGCUCGCUACGCCGAACCCGAAAACCUGCCCGGAAAGAUCAACCCUUGGGUUGGCCGCUUCUCUGUCAAGGGUGUCAAGGCUGAUGCCAAUGAUGACUUCAUGAUCUGCAAGCUCAAGGCUCGUUUGAACUUGCACGGUAUCCUGAACCUCGAAUCCGGCUACUAUGUUGAGGAUAUGGAGGUCGAGGAGCCCGUCCCCGAGGAAGGUGACAAGAAGGAUGGUGAUGCCAUGGACACCGACGCCACCAACGGAGAGCAGCCCAAGAAGACUCGCAAGGUCAAGAAGCAGGUUCGCAAGGGUGACCUGCCCAUCUCGGCUGGCACCUCUUCGAUCGACCAGUCUGUCAAGGAGGCCUUCAUCGAGCGUGAGAACGCCAUGUACAUGGAGGACAAGUUGAUCGCCGAGACCGAUGAGAAGAAGAACGAGCUUGAGUCGACCAUCUACGAGCUUCGUGACAAGAUCGACGGUGUCUACUCCGAGUUCGCCAGCGAGGAGGAGAAGGACAAGCUGCGGUCUAAGCUGACCGACAUGGAGGAUUGGCUGUACGAGGAGGGUGAAGACACCACCAAAUCCAUCUACGUGGCCAAGUUGGAUGAGAUCCGGUUUAUCGCCGGCCCCAUCAUCCAGCGUCACCGCGAGAAGCUGGAGGCUGAGCGCCAGGCCAUCCUGAAGGCCCAGGAGGAGGAAGCCGCUAAGAAGCGUGCUGAGGCCGAGGCUGCGAAGAAGGCCGCUGAGGAGGCCGCCAAGGAGUCUCAGGGCGAGAAGGCUGAUGCAGAGAUGAAAGAUGCCCCGGCUGAAGGCGAGGCGACGCCCGAGAAGACGGAAGCCGAGGAGAAGCAGUAA